CUUUCAUUUCAAAGAAAUACUGUUACAGUGCAAGUGUAAUUUAAAAUAACUGCAAACUUUAAUAAAACAAUGGGUCGCACUAAUGUAUAUACGGCCCAAAAAUUUUUUUCUAUCAUAAUUAUGGUAGUAAAUAUAUUUUCAGUAACAUCAAGACUGCAAGAAUUGAAAAAUGAAGAUCCACAAUCUUUAUGGACUGGAGAUAUGUUUGCUGAUUUUAACAACGAAUACGCGGUUUUAAUUGAGGAGGAACACUCGUUUUCUGAUGAGGAUUUCAAAAAUCGGAGCAGUCUUGAAAAGCUGUCAAAUUUUACACUUGAGAAAAAUUAUUGCCCAGGAAAUAUUCAUAGUUGUUCGUUAAAAAUUUCAACAAGUAGCCAGUUGCAAAUUUUUAAUAAUAAGUCUUUUUGUUUGUGCAAUCAUACUUAUGACAAUGAUAUCGAUGCAAAUAUAACUGCAUUGAGUCAUUUACACCUUAGCGUUUUUAACUAUCCUCCAUCUAAACUACUUGACUCUUUUUGCGUCGAUACCAUUGAGAUAGAAAGGAAUUAUGUUGUUACUGGAGUGAGAUUCCGAAGGCAUGAUAAUAAAAUAUAUCUUGAAGUGCAAAAGGCGAAGUUAAUUAAUGGGCGAAUUAUUUUGAAUACCAUCAAAUGGCACUAUCAACGAAAAUGUGUUAAUUCAACGAAAAUAUUUACAAGAAACAGCAAUUUUACCUACGAAGGUUUUAAAAUUGUAUUGAACGACUUUAUUCUACCAGAAAAUGCUGUUGUUACAGGUGUAAAAUUUGGAGAAAAAGUAAUCGGUCGGUACCUCACUGAUAAUUCUAAUAUCCAUAGAAAAAAACCUCCAAUUAUCAAAAAAAUAGAAUGUGAAGGAACCAAUAAUAUUCUUCAAAACUUAGAGGAAAUCCGGCCAUCAACGGCAUUAGUAGGAAACAACACCAUACUCAGCCGUUCAUGCCAAGAUUAUUUUUUUUUCAAUACAACUUCUUUUAAUUUAGACUACCAACAGCACAUUGUUCCAUACGUCGAUUUACGUGAAGUAGUUACUAAUCCACCUGAAGCUCUCCGUGGAAUCGGUUGGUAUUAUCGCGGCGCUCCGAAUUAUGGAGGAUUCCUGGGAUUGAAAAUCUUCGUCAAUAGAUACUAUUAAUUAUAAAACCACAUGAUCCUGAAUAUACAAUUUUAAUGUUAUCAAAUAUUAAUUACAAGCAUAUUUUGUAACAUGAAAUAUCACAUUGUAAUUUGA